AAAAAAUUUAUUACUUCAGAUUGGUUUCCUGAAAGGACCAAGAAAAAAAUAGCCCUGAGAUUGGAAAUUGAAAAGACAAGGUCCAUUAUUAAGGGGAAAAGGUAGCUUUCUAGAGGAUGACCAUAGAAGACCUUCCAGAUCUUCCCUCAGAAGGAAAUUCUUUGAUUGGAAGAUACCCAUUUUUAUUUUCAGGUUCUGACACACCGGUUAUCUUUUCAGUUUCUGCAGCACCAAUGCCUUCAGACUGUGAGUUUUCUUUUUUUGAUCCCAAUGAUGCAUCAUGCCAAGAAAUCCUUUUUGAUCCUAAAACAUCAGUGUCUGAAUUAUUUGCCAUUUUAAGACAGUGGGUUCCCCAAGUCCAACAGAACAUUGACAUUAUUGGGAAUGAGAUUAUCAAGAGAGGAUGUAAUGUAAAUGAUAGAGAUGGUCUAACUGAUAUGACUCUUCUUCAUUAUACCUGCAAAUCUGGAGCUCAUGGUAUCGGUGAUGUUGAGACAGCUGUAAAAUUUGCCUCUCAUCUCAUCGAACUGGGGGCGGACGUCAGCUUGAGAAGUCGAUGGACAAACAUGAAUGCUUUGCAUUAUGCUGCUUACUUUGAUGUCCCAGAACUUAUAAAUUUGAUUUUGAAGGCAUCAAAACCAAAAGAUGUGGACGCUACAUGCAGUGACUUUGCUUUUGGAACAGCUCUGCAUAUUGCAGCAUUUAACUUGUGCAUGGGAGCCGUCAAGUGUUUACUGGAACAUGGAGCAAAUCCUGCCUUUAGGAAUGACAAAGGACAGAUCCCUGCUGAUGUUGUUCCAGACCCAGUUGAUAUGCCAUUAGAGAUGGCAGAUGCAGCUGCCAGCGCUAAACAAAUCAAGCAAAUGCUGUUGGAUGCUGUCCCUUUGUUGUGCGACGUCUCAAAGGCCACACUUCCAAAUUAUGAUCCUACAUCUGGCAAAGACAUACUUACAUCAUUGGGCCUGAAGUUGGGAGAUCGUGUGAUCAUCGCAGGACAGAAGGUUGGAAUAUUAAGAUUUUGUGGUACAACUGAAUUUGCCAGUGGGCAGUGGGCUGGCAUUGAGUUGAGUGAACCAGAAGGAAAGAAUAACGGAAGUGUUGGGAAAGUCCAGUACUUUAAAUGUCCUCCUAAAUACGGCAUUUUUGCACCUCUUUCAAAGAUAAGUAAAGCUAUAGAUCGAAAGAAGACCAUAGGACGAACACCUUCUACUUCACGUGCUACGCCGCCCAUCAGGUCCCAGAAAGUUGAUGUCACUCAUGUAACUUCAAAAAUAAACACUGGAUUAACAACAUCUAAAAAAGAGGGUGGUUCUGAAUCAACAUCUUUAUUGUCUCCUGGUGAAGGACUGAAAACUGUACCUGGGAAGGAAGCUGUUCCACCUGUAUCUAUCAGUUCCUCCUCUUCUGUAUCCUCCCUGGACAGCAAACAGAUUCACCAUAAGAAAUGGAAUCCAACCAACAGUAAUAAGGAGGCAUCGAUAAAAAGUUCUUCCAUUUCAUCGAGAGCUAGUGCUGCAGGGUCUACUACUUCAACUACAUCUGUGGGAAAUAAGCGGGAAGAAGAAGUUCAUGUUGGAGACCGAGUGCUGGUGGUGGGCCAGAGGAUUGGCACUGUCAGGUUCUUUGGAACAACAAACUUUGCUCCAGGAAUUUGGUGUGGCAUUGAGCUUGAAAAGCCCUAUGGCAAGAAUGACGGUUCAGUUGGAGGUGUGCAGUACUUUACUUGUCAACCAAGAUAUGGAAUAUUUGCUCCCCCAACAAGGGUGCAGAGACUAAAAGAUACUCUUUCAGCAAAUGCAUCAAGUAAACGAAAUCAUUCUUUUCCAGGUUUUAGACGAAGUUUCAGCACAACUUCUGCAUCUUCUCAGAAAGAGAUGAACAGAAGAAAUGCUUUUGAAAAAUCAAAAAGUGCUUUACUUCGUCGAAGCUGGAGCAGUACUCCAACUGCAGGAGGCGUGGAAGGAGCUGUGAAACUGCACCAGGGCUCUCAGGUUCUCCUCACCAGCUCUAAUGAAAUGGCCAUUAUUAGGUAUGUGGGCCCCACUGACUUUGCCCCAGGCACCUGGCUUGGACUUGAACUCAAAGGUGCCAGGGGAAAGAAUGAUGGUUCAGUGGGGGACAAACGUUAUUUCACCUGUAAGCCAAACCAUGGAGUUUUGGUUCGGCCAAGCAGAGUGACCUAUCGGGGGAUUAAUGGGUCAAAGCUUGUGGAUGAUGACUGCUGAACUUCAGGAUCUCUUGAGUGAGGUCUAGUGUAUUAAAUAUGUAGGGACUGUGUCACAUUAGAGGCUCCAAUACGUAGUGAGUGCAUGGGAAAUGGUUGACUUACUUAGCUGUUAAUUGACAUUUUGAUAACACACCUAUCUUCAUAGUAUCGUUAAGACAAUUUACAGAUUAAUUUUUACACAAAAGGAAUAUGAAAUUUUUCAGAAUUGUGAAUCUCUUAAGAUCAUUUAAAGAGAACUUAUUUUUUAAAGCUUUUAGAUCUGAGUAUGGUUCUGGGAUGCCAGAAGAUUAUGCUAUUAGGAGACCAAUUGACGUGUUCUGUUGUUUGUUCUGUCUUACUUUGUUGUAUAUGAUUGGAUUAUUGUUGUUAAAAAAUAUUGGGCAGCAUAUUACUUUGAAUAAUUCCUUUAGCUGUCCAUAGUGUUUUGGGGAUUGUUAUCCCUUUCUGCGCUUUUACCAGUAAGGGCUAAGAAAUGGCUGUAGGUGACUGAUCAUUCAUGAAAACAUCCGUUCCCUCUCUGAUCCUCCAAAGAAAUCCCACUCUAAAGAUGUGCAGUCUAGAGUUUUAAGACUGGAAAUGACCUCAUGAUUUAUCUAGGCCACUCCUCUUAGUUUAUGGAUGAGGAAACUGAGGCAUAGAAACAUGAAGCAAUUUCCCCAUGGGUUUACAGCUGGUAGCAAAGUAGGGAGUGCAAAACAGGCCUCCUGACAUCCAGUGGUGUGCCAUCUGCACCAUCCGUACUGCAGGGAUCCUCGGCGUUCUUCUGAAUCACUUAUCAAGGAUCGCUGAUAAAGCAUCAUGUAGAGAGUCAGCUCCUGUUUUAAAUACCACCUUAUUGCUGCAUAGAAGAUCACGUUUGGAAGAAGCACUUUUAAAACUUGAAGCACUUUCAUUUCUGUGGAAAGCUUUUCCUCUCUGCAUCUUGAAGCCCUUUGCCAUUUUUUUCUGCUGGCUAUGAAAAAACAGACCAGUUUUUUUUUUUAAAUGCACUUAAAAGCAAGGAGCAGAUUGAGACAUCCUAGGCUUACAUAUAGAGAGCAGUGUGGUUUACCACGCAAAUUUCCUCACCCAUAAAUAGAAAUAAAUGUUGCACAGAUAGCCGAGGUCUGUGAAGGUACACGUUCAUUCAAGUGUUUCUUCAUUUCUUUAUAUUUCUCUUUGUGGUGUUGCUCCUAAGGCAGCCAUGACAUUUGCCUUAGUUGGUUUUGGAUUUUCCAGACUGUUGCAGAGCACAAGUAUUUGAGCUUUGGCUAAAUGCUACACAAAUUCAGCAGGGGAGCCUGUUUUCAAUCUGUGGCUUGUGCCCAUCUUUGUGUUUAAGCUUUGUAAUAGAAUAACAUUGCAAGGAA